CACAAAAGAAACAAUAGUAUUUGUAGAACGUACUUCAAGUGGAUCGAAAGAAAAUAAAAUAAAAAUUUUUGUCGACGGCAGAUUUUUCUAAAUUUUUUUGUACAAUUUUUUUUAUAUUGUUAGUAAUUUAUAAACAAUAAAGGACUAUGAAUCCACAAGGAUAUUCACAACAACCACCGUAUCCCGGUCAACCAGUUUAUGUACCCGGACCACCACCACCUAGUCAACCCUAUGGCUGGAAGCCAAGCCCUCCCGCCGAUGAUAUACCAUCACCAGCUAGCGGCGGAUUCAUAGAUCCCGAGGAUUUGCAACCGAAAAAUUUUUCAUUCAAUGAAGCUAGUGUACGCAAGGGAUUCUUACGUAAAGUCUACCUCAUUUUAAUGGGUCAAUUACUUUUCACAUUUGGUAUCGUGGCUCUAUUUUUAUUCCACGAACCAACAUUGAAAUUUUCCCAAAGAAAUCCAGGCUUAUUAUUGGCUGCAUGUAUUGUUACAUUGGUCGUUGUGGUGGCCAUGGCAUGCUGUGAGUCAGCACGUCGUACAUUCCCUACUAAUUUUAUAUGUUUAAGUAUAUUUACGGCUGCGGAAUCAUUCCUAGUUGGUGCCAUAGCUGGUCGUUAUGAGGCAGAAUCGGUAUUUUUGGCUGUUGGUAUCACGGCCAUUCUAUGUUUAGCCUUGACCUUAUUUGCAUUUCAAACAAAAUAUGAUUUCACUGCCUGCGGUGGUUUUCUACUUGCUGCCAUGGUCAUUCUAUUGAUAUUUGGCAUUGUUGGCAUGUUUUGGCGUGCCCAUAUUAUUCAAACGAUUUAUGCCGGCUGUGGUGCUCUUUUGGCUUGCGUUUUCCUCAUCUAUGAUACCCAAAUAAUGAUGGGCGGAGAUCACAAGUUUAGCAUUAGUCCUGAGGAGUAUAUAUUUGCUGCCUUAAAUCUUUACAUGGAUGUCGUACGCAUUUUCUUAUUUAUUUUACAAUUAAUUGGCAACAGAAGCAAUUAAUUGAAACAUACCGACAUCAUUCCAAUGUUUGAUGGACCGUCAACAAUAACAUGAAAUUGAUUCACUAGGGGCGCAGAAAUCAGGGUUGUCAAUAACAUUUUGAUAUUACUAAUUUACUAUCAUGAAAUCCCACUGUACUCUUGAGAAUCUUUUAAUGUUAUUUUUUAUACAAUACUUUAUUCAAAAUGUAUUUCAUUUUUGUAAAAUCAAGAAUUUAUAUGAAGAUUUUUUUUUUGUAAUUUAGGUUUUUAAGGUCUCAAAUAUUUGAACUGUAUUUUAUUCUAUGUCAAUCUAUUAUCGUCUUAUUUGUUGUGUAAUUCAGACAUCAAUAUAUAAGAAUUUAUUGUAAAUUAUAGUUGUUUACUUGUAACAAUAAAGUGUCUGCGAAUUUUUAAAAAUAA